AUGCUUAUUCUGUGCCUUUUGCCCGCGUCCACACUGGCUCAGCCUACAACCGUAUCAGAUGUCGUGAACAUUCCGCGAUCGGCUGCGGCUCCGAGUGGAGAGAUCCCCGACGAUCACCACGGGGGAUCUUCAUUCCUCGAGACCACGCAGUUCCGCCGCGAGGUUGAGAUCGAUUCGACCGAGACAGGACCCAAUGGUAGUCUUCUACUACCCCGAACCACGACUUCGGAUAUGCCCACGCCAUUCGACUCCAUGUCCAGCAACUUUGCCAACGCCACCUGUGUAUCAUUCUUCAAGAAAUUCCUGUCCAACACGACUGUGACGGACUGCCACGCGGUGUCUUUACUGCUGGAAAAUUCCAACUCGUUCUUCCAUACGUUGACCUCCGCCGCGGCUACCACGCACGUCCUCAGCAUCGCGUGCUCGCAACCUCUCUCCAAAUGCGCGUCCAUAUUAACUAAUCUGGCCGAGGAAAUGCUCCUCGAGGAUAAUUGCGGCCGGGACUAUCAAUCGAACAACUCGGUUGUCCAGGGCGCGUAUCAGGACUUGAUGGCGUAUCAGCCCAUGUACCUCGCGACCUGUCUCACCAAUUCCGCGACUCAGAACUACUGUUUUGUUGACGCUGCGAAGAACACCACCUCCCCAAAUGACUACAAUGUUUAUUUUAUGCCCUUGGGCGGCACAAUCGGUUCCGGUGGUCUGACCUGUGGUCAGUGUCUGCAGGACACAAUGAAUAUCUUCGCCCAUUGGGCCACGGUCAACGGCCAGACUCUCGACACCACAUAUCUCCCCUCGGCCAGGAGUGUUAAUAAUAUCUGCGGUGCUGGCUUUGUCAACGCCAAUGUCACCGUCGGCACCGAUGUCACGUCCGGUGCCGGGUUGACAGUCCCGUUGCUCGACGCUCGGCUCGUUGUCUCGGUAAUAUUACUCACACUUGGGGCGAUAUCGUCGGGAAUACUUUAA